AUGCCUGCUACUGGCGAAUCUGAAGAAACUCCUCCACCUGCAGCAACAUCUUUUCAGCCGGGUUAUGCCUUCAAACCGCCUGAGCCCGUGAAAUUGGCAAAGAAUGGAGUUGAAAGUUGGAAAAUAUGGAAACAGCUGUGGCAGCAUUAUUGUAUCGUCUCUAACGCCGAUUCACACUCGCCUCAAUUCAAGAAAUCUCUCUUGAUCUCUACCAUGGGAAUAGAAGCUUUACAAAUCUACAAUGGCUGUGACCCUGUAGAAACUGACACUGCUAAAGAUAUACUAACCAAACUUGAUGCUCACAUACUUGGUGAAACCAACGAGACCUUCGAGAGGUACAAGUUCAACACUCGAGUCCAGAAACCUGAUGAGAGUAUUGACAGCUAUGUUGCAAGCCUGAAGACAUUGGCCGAGACUUGCAAUUUCUGUGAGUGCUUGAAAACUUCCUUACUGAGGGAUAGAGUGGUACUUGGUGUGAAAGAUGAUCAUACCAGAAAGCGUCUGCUGCAAGAAGGAAAACUCACUCUACAGAAAGCACUUGACAUUUGUCACAGUUAUGAGAAAACGUCUGAUCAACUGAAGAUUAUUUCUGGAAAGGAAGAGGAGGUACACCGAUUGAAUAUAAACAAGCAAAAAACAAAAGGAGCUUCACAUGGUCAAAGGAACAAGCCAGUCGGUAAUGGUAAACCUGGAGGCACGAAUCCUCGUCAAGCUGCUAAAUGCAAAUUUUGUGGCUAUUCUCACACUCUAAAGAAGGAAUUCUGCAAAGCUUGGGGGAAGAGAUGCAAUAAUUGCAAGGCUCCCAACCAUUUCUCGAGUUGCUGUCCAAGUUUGGGUGGCAAGAAACAAGUCCAUACUGUUGGUGACGGAUCUGACUCCGAUUCCUCUGCUGAAAUGGUAUGCCCAGUCAUAUCUGAGUCAAUUAACUCUGUCUCUAGUGGUCCCUUAUAUGCUGAGAUGUGUCUAAAAGAUGGACGGAGAGUCAAAUUCCAGGUUGAUUGCGGUGCCACAGUCAAUGUUAUAAAUCAGAAAUAUGUGCCGCAAAACACUCAACUACAAGAAUCGAAAAAUACACUGAGCAUGUACAACAAAACUACUCUUAAACCAGUUGGAAAGUGUCGGAUUAUCACCAUAAAUCUGAUUACGAAGAAGAAGUAUAAUGUCAUGUUUGAAGUUGUGAAAGAGGAUUUAACACCCUUGCUUAGCAGAAAAGCAGCGGAACAGAUGAAGCUCAUCACGGUCAACUAUGAUAACUUCAAGCAGGUCCAUGUAGUCGCUGAUGGAUUCACAGAAUUAGUGACUGAAUACAAAGCUGUAUUUGACGACACUGCUGUAGGAUGUUUCUCAGGAAAAGUAAAUCUCAAGGUUGAUGGCAAUGCCGUGCCUACUCAAAGUCCACCACGACGAGUACCUAUCAGUGUUAAACCUGCACUUGAAAAAGAGUUACACAACCUUGUCAAGCUUGGAGUCCUGAAGCCUGUAACUGAGCCAACUCAAUGGUGCUCACAGAUCUCUAUACAGAAGAAGAAGAAUGACCAGCUCAGGAUCUGUCUUGACCCAAGAGUCUUGAAUGAAGCUCUUCAGAGGGAAAUAUACCCUCUCCCGACAAUUGAUGAUAUCCUGCCUGAGCUCGCCAAUGCUAAGCUGUUCAGUAAGUUUGAUCUUGCUCAUGGUUACUGGCACUGUGAACUUGAUGAAGAGAGUAGUUACAUGACCACAUUCAUCACUGUGAAUGGCAGAUUUCGUUGGUGUCGUCUCCCAUUUGGUCUCAAAGUCAGUUCUGAGAUAUUCCAGCGUAAGCUCAUGGAGAGUCUAUCAGGUCUUCGUGGAGUGGUCUGUGUGGCUGAUGACAUUCUAGUUUAUGGACAUUCUGAGGGUGACCAUGAUGAGAAAUUGAGAAAUCUACUUGAUGUUUGUGCUAGAAAUAACAUUAAGCUGAAUCACCAGAAGAGUGUGUUCAAGACCACUGAAGUUGAGUUCCUUGGUCACGUCGUGACAAGUGAGGGUCUAAAACCUGAUAUGAAGAAAGUCGAAGCCAUUCUUAAAAUGGAAAACCCCACUGAUGUUGAGGGAGCUCGACGUGUCCAGGGAAUGGUAACUUAUCUCGCAAAGUUCCUUCCACAACUCUCCACGGUAAUGGAUCCUAUUCGUCGACUCACUAGACAAGAUGUGGAAUGGGAAUGGAGUGAGGAACAGGAUCAUGCGAUGAAAGAAAUAAAGAGACUAGUGACUACAGCUCCUGUACUUGCUUAUUAUGAUCCUGACAAAGAACUUGUGAUUCAAUGUGAUGCCUCGAGCACUGGUUUAGGCACUGUUUUACUACAAGAAGGAAAGCCGCUGUGUUAUGCCAGUCGUGCCCUUACUACUACGGAAUGCGGGUACGCGCAAAUUGAGAAAGAGUGCCUGGCAAUCGUGUUCUCGCUGGAACGUUUCCACCAAUAUACGUUUGGACGGAAAACCAUUGUGCACAGUGAUCAUAAACCACUGGAAAUGAUUGUACGCAAGCCACUGCACAAGUCCCCAAAGCGUCUUCAAGGUAUGAUGCUUAGACUUAUACAGUAUGACAUUGAAGUUGUAUAUAAGAAGGGCAAGGAGAUGUACAUAGCUGAUACUUUAUCUCGUGCAUACCUGCCUGAUGAUACUGAACACAAGGAUAGUUUUGCUAAGAUUAAUGCUGUUGGUCACCUAAGAAUUAGAGAAGAAAGGCUUAGACAGCUAAAGAAAGCCACUGAAACGGAUGAUACUCUGCAAACUCUGAAAUCAGUCAUUCUUAAAGGAUGGCCAGACUCGAGACAGGAACUGCCUACUCAGGUUACACCAUACUUUUCAUAUAGAGAUGAACUGACCUUACAUGAUGGAUUGAUCUUCAAGGGAGAACGAGUCAUCGUUCCUGAAAGCAUGCGUAGGGAGAUCAAAGACCAUCUCCACAUAUCACAUCUUGGAGGUGAGAGUAUGUUAAGACGUGCACGUGAAUGCAUAUUUUGGCCUGGUAUGUCUGCAGAAAUCAAACAGCUAGCAAGUGUUUGUGAUGCCUGUCAAACAUUUGCUAAAGCUCAACAGAAAGAAACACUCAUAACUAUAGAAGCUAAAGCACCAUGGGAAAUUGUUGGUGUUGAUUUAUUCUCAUGGAACAACAAAGACUACCUACUAACAAUUGACUAUUUUAGUGGAUACUGGGAAGUUGACCUUCUUAAGAAAACUGACUCCCCUGCAGUGAUUAGGAAACUGAAACAACACUUCUCAAGAUAUGGUGUUCCUGUACAACUAGUCAGUGAUGGAGGACCUCAGUUUGAUGCCAAAGAGUUUGAGGACUUUGCUUAUGAAUGGGAUUUUGAGCAUAAUCUAUCUUCACCUGGGCAUCCAAAUGCAAAUGGAAAAGUUGAGUCUGGGGUAAAAGCAGCAAAGGCUAUGCUCUCAAAAUGUGCUCAAGACAAAACAGACCCCCAGCUAGCACUCCUUGAGAUACGAAACACACCAACUCAAGGAGCAGGAAGCAGCCCAGCCCAACGCCUUCUCAAUCGUCGAACUAAAUCUAUAUUACCCAUGACUGAUGUACAACUCCAACCUAGGGGAAUGGAUUUUCUGAAGGAGGACCGCUGUCGCCUAAAGUUGGAACAACAACGACAGUGUAAGAACUAUAACAAGAAUGCUAAGGAUCUUGGAAUUUUGCAAGAGGGGGAUACUAUCAGACUGAAACCUUUUAGAAAAGGCAACAAAAAAUGGGAAAAGGGUGUGGUUGUUAGGAGACUCGAUGAAAGGUCGUAUGACAUCGAAACGCCUUCUGGGAAGUAUAGAAGAAACCGAAUCGAUCUAAGGAAAACUUCGGAAACUCAACCUGAAUUGUCGUCAAGGAAACCAGAAGUAGUACUACCACCUGCUGAAAUGGAAUCUAGUACUACCACCCAAUCACCAGAAACACCAGCGCAAGUGGAAACACCUAAUGCGGUUGCUGAGGAACAGACACCACCUAUAAUACCCAUACGGAGAUCCUCACGGACAACUACGCAACCAAGCUACCUUAGGGAUUAUGUCACGAGUUAA